AUUAGAUCGGACGGUUCACAUUAUUUCAUCUCGAAACCCAACAACAAAUUCGUCUAGCUAGAGAUUUGAAGAACACAAACACAACAACAAGAUCAUCCAUGGCGGAACCAAAACAAAGCUCUCUUUCUGAGUCAGAGGUGAAGACAAAUGUGAUUGGAAGCAGAAAAGAAGACAAGGAAUCGAUGUUUCAUGGGAAAGAGACUCAUGGAAGAAGUGAAGACAUUGAUGAGAAGACAAGAGUUGAUGAUGUUAAAGGACCUGGUGUUCUCGGACGUAUGAAGGAAGAAAUGGAAGCCAUUGUUGACGCUGUUACUCCUACGAAAAGUUCUGACAAGUGAAGAAAUGAUUGGUUUCGCUUCUUGUUCUUAAGAUCCGGACUAUAUACUUCUGUUGUAAGAACUGUAACCACGCCCCUUUGCUUAAUAAAGACCCGAGCUUUUAGAUU